UGCUGCGGUUUCCGGCGGCGCGGUUGGCUUGAGUCGGGCGGUGCGUUCACGGAUCACUGGCGAGCCGCACGGCGACACCUUCGCGUCUCUUCCUCCGCCGGAGAACUUGGAGCCUGGAAGUCGAGUCUGGGAUUUUGGGGGUCUCUCGGGUCGGCAUGGAGGUUUCGAUGGGCACGCGCGCGCGGCGCGGGGUCAAGUUCCUGUUGAUCCUCUUGGUCGUGAAGGCAGCAGCCGACUGCUCCAUCCCGAAGGCACCGGGAAACACUGUCUUGAGCGACCAGUCCCUCCUUUUAAAUAUAUUCCCAGAGGGUGUGGAAGCGUAUUUUGACUGUGCUUAUGGGUACGUCGUUGAAAGUGGCUCUGGGAAAAUAACCUGCGUUCAAAGCAUCUGGACUGAACCAGACCUGGUCUGCAAAAAGAUGGACUGUGGUCCCCCUAAAGCUAAGCCCAAUAUGAGCUUCGAUAUCAGCGCUGGUACCCUGGUGGGCGCAGAUAUAAGAGUACUCUGCAAUACAGGAUUCAAGCUCAGUGGACCCAGCUACAAAAAGUGCUAUCCGAAGGGCUGGAGUGGCAACCCCAAGUGUCACAUCAUUUCGUGCGGUCCACCUGGUAAUGUGACCAAUGGCAGAAGCUUAUGGGAUUCUAAAGACGACCCAUUAUACGGAGACGUCAUCCACUACGUCUGCAACCAAGGAUACACCCUCAUUGGGAACAGCAGCACUUCGUGCAGCGCAAGUGGUGGCUACGAUUCUCCGGCUCCCACCUGCGAAGGUGUGAGAACAGAAGAAACAAUGGCAUCACCAACAUCUACACCUCCACAAGAAGUGUCCCCUUCCACAGAAUCGUCUGCAUCCCUCACGGCCCGCAGCGAUAAAACGACCAGCGCCACACAAACAGUCUCACCUUCAGGGCCGGGUACAGAGGAGUUUCUCCACACCACCGCGCGCAGCUCAGCUGAGACGCUUUUAGGCACGGCACGUGGCGGAGGCAUUUUGACAGCCGGGGGCCAAGCCACGACGACCACCGGGACGUCCCUUCGAGACGCGCACGGGGGGGCUGUGGACACCAACGAGGGUCUCGGUCAUACGGCUGUUGUAAUCAGUGUCAUAUGCGUGGCAUCAGUUGUGUGUCUCUUGGCACUCUGUUUACACAGGUUUCUUCUGAGGAGAAAAGGCUCAUAUGACACCCGAGAAGACCUGAAGCCGGAGUUAUUACAGUUCCAAAAUCUUUAGAUUGCCGACCCGACUAAGCUCUGCGAAUGGAGCAGUGGGCACUUAUUGAAGCGCAUGGUGACCCUGGGGGGGGACGGGACGGCGUCCCCCGAGUCCACGGGACAUGGGACAGAAGACGAAUUUUGUUUGCACUUCAAUUGGCAGAUAAUCAAACCCUUUAAAAGCAUCGUCAUUGAAAUCAGCAUCAGAAGAGCACUUUUUAUAAGGACUUUUUUUUUUACCACCACAACUAUAAAUACCUCACGCCACUAUACUAUUGAUAUUUGUACAUUAUUUAUGUAAUAGACUUAUGUUAUGAAGUA